AUGAAAUGGCACUGUUUCAAGGAUGACGUGUUACGUACUCGAGUUAAAACAACUGGAAUUGUCGAGACUCACUUCACGUACAAGGAUUUGCAUUUCAAAAUGUUUGACGUUGGUGGACAGCGGAGCGAGCGGAAAAAAUGGAUUCACUGCUUUGAAGGUGUCACAGCCAUAAUUUUCUGUGUUGCAAUGAGUGAAUACGAUAUGGUCUUGGCUGAAGAUGACGAGAUGAAUCGCAUGAUAGAAUCUAUGAAGUUGUUCGAUUCAAUCUGCAACAACAAAUGGUUUACGGAAACUUCCAUUAUUCUUUUCUUGAAUAAGAAAGAUCUUUUCGAAGAGAAAAUCAAGCGAUCUCCACUGACGCGCUGUUUUCCUGAGUACACAGGUUCAAAUUCUUAUGAAGAAGCAGCCGCUUACAUGCAGUUGCAG